UCUUGAAAUGCUUCAGCAUAUUGAACUAAUUUAUCAAAAAUAUCUACCAAAUAAUACCUGUGUAUAAAGUUUAGAUCUAUUUUCUGCAUCAUAUGCCUUAAGCGUCCGAAAUAUGAUUUGGAACGGUACAUGUCGAACCUCUCCAUGCAUAUUGAAACUGCAGGAUCAUACGGACUACGCAAAGCGAAUGAUUCAUAUUCAACUAAUGUAGCAGAUUCUGAUUCAUAAGCCUCAGAGAGUGCAAACUAUAUGAUCAUUUAGCUAGGUAGACGCUCAAAGAAGAUGUAGCCAGAUUAUUUUUUUCAUUUUAGCGCUGCUAUCCCUUGAAUUAUAUAUAUAUUCAUAUAGACCGCAUAGUUUUACUAGCAACACCGCUCCAGUGAGAAAAAGAAACUCUCUCGUUUUAGCUCUUUUCCUAUUCGCUUCUCUCCGCAAAUGGUGACCGAAUAAUGACGAAUUUUUUUCUUGUAUCAUUUCUCGCUCUGCACUUAUCUGUGCGGUGGUUUUCGUUACAGUAGAACGGGACGAUAUAUGCGGAUCAAACUUGUACGCAGGCUUCGAAAAUAGUGUGCGAUGUUUGGUACAGCCCCGAAUUGCAAUCAACAGUCUUCGUUCCUCUCUCUGUUUAAUCAUUUAGUGUAACACAAGUGAUUACUGGCAUUCAUACAAAUAUCGGAAUGAUCCACUCAUGUUUGGUUAUAUGUUCGUGAGAGGUUAUUUGCAUGACACAUUGUGUAUCAUUCGAUAUUGAUCGAUAUCCAAACACUUUCCGUAAUUCUAUUACUCGGAGUAUUUCAGUUUUGAUUUAUUUUAUUUUUUCUUAAACAGAAGUUGUUAAUAAUUGGUCAAUAUACUUUAUAAAUAUGAUUAUUUGAAUAAAAUUGAACGUAGCUAGGUAGUGGAAGGGGCUGGAAUAGGGGUUGAUUCGUACAACUAGUUACGACUAUCCGCAGUAGAUUUAUAUUCGUUGAAAAUUCCAAAUUUAAAUGAAUACAUUGAUUCAAUAUUUAAACAUACUUCUUCUUCUUCUUUUUAAAUGGCGCUAACAUUCCCAGAGAAACUUCUCCUUCUCAACGUAGUAUUACUUGCAUCAUUUUCAUUAGUAAUUAGUUGGGAUUUCAAUGCCUAAUAACACACCUUGAAUGCGUUCUGAGUGGCAAGCUCUAGAAUACAGUGCAAGAAGGAGGAAAUUUCUUUGAAGAAAAAGUUGAUGGGUCUGAGCCUAGGGGCACGGACAGUAUCUUGGCAUAGGAUUGUGAUUAUGUGAUACAUCAAAUGGAUGCCCUGAAAAAACUGUUUCCUAUAUGUAUUUGUAUCCUUUAAACGGGUUAGAUGACAUAACGUGGUAGAAUUCGGUACCGCAUUCUUUUCAAAAAUGUACACAAAAAUACCAUUACUACCCUCUUCUUCUGUUUAUUCAAUCGUGCAGAAGAAGACAAAGAGUCAUCAUGUAUCAUUUUUAAACACAAGUCUAAAUAGUUAAGACCUACAUAAAUAUAAGCCUGAGUCAAAUCAAUCUAUGACUACAAAAAUAUGUCUAUAUAAAUAAAAAUGUAAGGCAAAAUCUGUUGGUAAGCGGAAAACCCGAAGAAGGGAUGGUCCGAUUUUAGCCUCCUGUAUUUUGUUCGGAAAAUUUUCGGAAAACUCUGAAGGAAGGUCGGAAAAUUCGGAAAAUUGAAUUCCCACAUGUUCGAAAAUUACAUCAUAAUAAGCGUUGUUAGUCCAUUCGAUGUUUGCGCUAUCGAAAUUGAAAUUGAAGGAAUGGUUCAAUUGGAGUCAUCUAUAUUUCGUUGUAUUCGUCUCUUCCCGUAGAUCAAUAUAGCGGAGAGAAAAAUAGAAAAUUUCGGAAAAUUGAAUUCCUAGCUGAUUCUAGCUGACAAAAUUAUUUCUAGUUACAGUCAAAAUAGUUUUUUUUAUGUAUUUUAUUUAUGUAUUUAGUCUUCGAUUAAAAAACACCGCACAGACACUUAUGAACUAAUUCUUAAUCUAAACACAUUUUUGGACAUGUUAAAGUUUAAGUCAAAGUUCGAUAACAAAAAUAACUAAUUCAUUGUAAGUGUGUUCAAAUGCUUUAACGAUCUAUAAAAUUAAUCGAUUGUGAUCGAUGAAGGACAGAUUCCUCGUGGAUAUCGAGCAGAAGCUCACCAUGUGUUGGGACGGUCACCAAAGAUAAUCGAAGUACAAAAUUUGUUGAUUAUCCUUGUGUGAGUACCAUCAUUCGAUACUCAUAACAAAUCGCAUCUCUGAUGUCAGGUAUGGCAACCCCGCGCAUGAUGGAUCAUCUCUUCUGUGUGGAGAGCAUCAAUGUGGCUAUGAAAAUGCUAUUCAGACCCUCGGAGUCGAUUGGCCAUUGAGAGUAAGAACUUUUAAAACAAUAUUAGGUUGUAUAAGGAUAAAAAGUAAUGUAUUCCGGAAAAUAAAAACUAUGGAUGGGUUAUACCUAUGAUAUAACCGCAAGGUUGACGUAGGACUGCCGUUGACUUAGUAAUCAAUUGUAUUUCUUCAAUUAGCAAUAGUCCCAUCUCGGAUGUUUCUCAUUGGGUACGAUGUCGCCGCUGCGCAGAGCUAUCUUUUGUGUGUAUUGAUUAAAUUAUUGAUUAAACUAGUGAAUGAAUGAAACUAUUUACGAAUUUAAUUGCAAACAAAUACCAAGUCAAUUCAUGCAUUAUGGUAGUGGUUAUCGCAGGAAAUAGUUAUCAACAUUUUGUCUAGUCAUCAAAAGGUAUGCGUAGAAGUUCAGUGAGCUGGCGACAUGAAGAGAUAUCUUCCAAUACAGUCUUGAAUAAUCGAGCCAAAGCGUUGCAUCUGUACCAGCUUUUGUAGACCGUGUUAGCAAAAUGAAUUCCGGAGUGUAAAAAUGCAGUAUUGCCGACUUGAAUGUAUCUGUAAUGCCGCUUUUCCCAACUUCUUGGUUUCGGAAUCUGUAUUGGGAAAACACAUUCCAGUUUGCAAAAAUACAAGCGAGUACAAAAGUACCCACAGCUUGCAUCUAUUUUGCAAUGCCGAUGUUCAGGCUCCAUGGUUUUGAAAUCUGUGUUAGGGAAACAUUUCGAUUUGCAGAAACGCAAGCGGGUAUAGGAGUACCCGCUGCUCCCGAUUUCCCUGGUUCAAUGGUUUUGAAGUCUGUGUUAGGGAAACAUCCAUUCAUUCCAGCGAUCGUACCUCAAUCGUUGCGCAAUCAUAACUGAGUGGAUUUCCGAGCGACACUCGCUUAUAUACCGAUUGGUGUGAUUUCAAUAGCCUGUUUUGAAAGCAGUUUUAGGGCUAUUGAAACAAGUUUUUGGAUUAAAAAGUAACAAGCAUAUAACGCGUUGACAUUUUAUCUUUCAAAUGAAGUGUUUAUCAUACCAUUUUGUUCAGUUGUUCAGGAGCUAUUAACGCUUAAAAUCUCGUUCUCCGGCGUAACGCUUUCGUUUUCGAAACUUCGAACUUACACCCCAGUAUAGAAAUGAAAGACGUAGUCCUACGUCAAAACAGGGUUCUGGAAUUGUGAGCAGGUUGGGUAUCAUGUCAUGGAAAUGACGGAAGCGGUGCUCCAUUUGUCGGGUGGGCCAUUGAUCCCCGCGGGAGUGUGGUCGAUCGACCCAGAUUUGAGGUGAAGUUCAGGAUCGUGUACCUCUCUUUCGAAUAACGAGGUUAUCUGAAGCGGUGUAACGCACUCGUCCAGGAAAACAUCCAUAACGUUUCGUGGCUCGAGCAGCAUGUUUCUCUAGAUUCGAUUCCAAAUUUUCAGUAUACAAGUUAGGCUUUUCAGUUCCAGAACCAGUCUUGUAUUUCGGAAGGCAUUGUUUUGAUUUGAACCCAUAUCGGUAGUUCAUAGAAAACAGUUAUGUUGGCUUUGGUUUCACCACCUGCGAGGGCCGAAGAAAGGAUGGUUUACGGAUUCAGAUUCCAUUCGUAAAAACUUUGAGAAUUUUCGGCUCCAGCUCAUCGCCAAUCAUAAGACUCGCCACCUCAGGUCGGCUAGCAAGCGGCACCGGAUACACUCUGUUCAACUUCUAUAAGACCACUUUGAAUAUAAUUCGUUGUGACGCAAACAUGUAGAAUUUCCACAAGAUAUUUUCAUACACUGUUGAAUACUAAGAAUAACAGUUCGGCUGAAAAGUUCAUAAGGUUGACGUCUAGAUGGCGCCUCUUGCAAAAAUCUACUUGGCUAUCACAAAGCACCAUCUUCCAAUGGCUGUGUCAAAAUUUUACAGCAAUCGGUCGAUUGGUUCGUGAGUUACAGCAUUGAGAGUGAAGCAAUUUUUGUUAUUGUGAAAUAAAAUGGAAAAAUCACAAAUCAAUGAAAACGAUGGCUAAAUUGCAUAAAUUGGAUUUCGAAUUGCUUCCGCAUCUACCGUAUUCUCCAGAUCUGGCCCCCAGCAACUGUUUUCUGUUCGCAGACCUGAAGAGAAUGCUCGCUGGCAAGAAACUUAAGACCGAUGAUGAAGUGAUUACCGAAACUGAGGCCUAUUUUGGAAAAACCGAAAGAGUACUAUACAAAUGGCAUCGAAAAGUUGCAAGAUCGCUUAAUCGCUGUAUCGCCCUCGAAGGCAAUUAUGUUGAAUGAUGAAAUUGAAUUUCGUAAAAAAAAAAUUGUUUUACUGUGUUACCUUAUAAACUUUUCAGCCGAACUGUUAAUGUAUAUUUAACGUCAAUGCGUUCAAAGGAGUCGUUUGUUUAUUUAUUGGGCUCAAAUACGAUAAUUUCAGCUGUCCAGUUUUUAUAAGACCGCUACAAAAUUCGUAAGUAUAUUUAGCAUCAAAGUCGUAUACACGGAGAAAAAUAGAAAUUUCUGUUAUGGCUAUGAUUCAUAUCAAUGGAAGCAGAUUGAUUAUUCAAAAAGUUGCAUAGGAAUAGUGCUAAAUGCACAUUGCGAUUGUAUACCCAGUGUGUUCCCAUAUAGACUUUAUGCUUUUUGCCCUGGAAUGUUGGUCUCGUGAAGAAGUAGACUAUAAUGAACAUUCGUGUGCAGAUAUCCUUAUUAAGAGGUUAGUUCCGCCAAAAAAGCGGUUGAUUAUGUUGAAAAUAAGAACAUAUUCAGCCACAAAGAUCAACCAACCCCCAGUUAUGAUUUACGAGUACCUGACAGCUCUACGGAGAAGUGAAAUAUGUUUAUAAGAAAAUGGAUCGGAAACGGAGAAAACCAUCAAUUAGCCAAUUGAUGGAAAAAGCAAGGAAGCAUUCGAACCGGAACUCAAGCCUCUCUGACUUUAACUAGGUCCGAACAUGUUGAUAAUCCUUUCCUGUUAAUUUUUCGAUUCAAAUCUAGUGGGAAAAUCGUUCAAUGAACAUCGCGAAAUAGGUGCUAAUUAAAUUAGUAAUAUGCGUCACACAAAAACUCUUGUUCGUGAAAUAGCUUGCCUAACUGUUUUACAAAAUUCAUGUUAGUUCUACGAAAUAUUUCACGAAACAUAUCAUUACCUGGUCUUAUAGAAGUUGGACAGAGUGUAGUUCGCUCCAAUUCCCGGGCAAGAGUUUGCGGUUUAAUUAUACUACGAUUUUCUUCUAAUAAAUCUACUGGAAACCGGAGCUUUAUCCAAGUUUUAUCCAAAUAAUGUUGAUCUCCGGCGGUGAACAGUACAGCUUCAACUCUCAGAAGUGACCGUGGAUUAUUUGGUCAUCAAAUAAAACUUACUGCUGUUUUGUUUGAAGACCAGUCGAGUUCCAUGACUUGCGUAUGCGACGAAUUGACGGCAACACCGUCUCAGACCUAGGCAGUUACAUCUAUGUCAUCGGUCACAAGGUCACCUGAAUUAGCUGCGUAGAUCGAUGUGCAGGCUAGAGGAGCUCUCGAAGCCGGUCUAAUCUCUCCUGUCAAUAAUAACUGACGGAUAGCAAAUCCGGUUUGAGGUUAACAUUAAAAAAAUAAAACAAGAAAAUAAUCCUUCUUCUUUUCAAUUCUCCACUGCACACUUUAAAAAAAUCCUUCCUGACUUCACCAUUUUUUGGGAAAAUAAUAAGUGGUAAUUCCACAAAUGAAUGACCAAUGCCAAAUCGGAAGCGAUUGAAAACAUCCCUUUUGAAAGGGCCAUUUCUUGUGGACAAUUUUGCAUCCCCAUUUAUUCCUUUUCCGCCGUUUUCUACCUCGCUUCAACAAUCACUCAUCCGACCACAUUCACAGGUGAGAAGCUGCUUGGUUCUCUCCAUAAUGACUGCAGGCUUUUGUUCGUCAUAACCCUCCAUCAACACGCUGUCGGGUUGUGUGGGGUCGUUAAUCACGAUAGAGCGAGACCUACCCCCCCCCCCCCACUUCUUUUCGAUAGUAGUGUUUUUGGGGCACAUUUCCCUGGUUGCGCUGGAGCAGGGGUGUUAUUUAGUCCUUUGAAAUUCCAUUUCCAACACACGACUCAUGGCGGUAGAGCACUGGAAUCUCAUUCGCGCAAUCGUUGAGAAAACAGUAACCUCAAACAAUGUGCGCACGGUGGUUAUUUGUGUGGGACGAUUAUGCUCCAAGGAUGUUGUUAAGCGAAAAUAUUUGCAGGCAAAUGCCGUUUUGAUUCGGGUGCUUUGGUCGGUUUUGGUGGGUGGGGGCACGUGUGUGUGUGUGUGUCCGUAUGUGUGGGUGAAUACCGUUUUUCGCAUGUUCGACAUGCGAUGGAAAAUUAGAUGGUAAAUAUUUUAUGCAGAUUUGCAAGUUUUCCUCCAGCUGCUUUCCAGAGGCAACAGAAAAAAAAAUAAGGAUCCAAAGUUCAGUGCCGAGUGCCGUGUGAAAUUGUUCGAUGCUGGGAAAAGCGGGAAAUAGCUCAAGUGCAGCACCAGCAGCAGCAGCCAGCCAGUUUGUAUGGGUGUACGUGAUUAUCCUUGCCAUGGAAGUGUGUCGUCGCAUAAGUGGGGCAGAAAACCGCUCGAGUCCAUCUCCGUUUGGGCGGGGGUUGUUUAGCGGGCCGUGGCACGUGGAGUAAAGUGAUUAAAGCGUUCACGUUGAAUGUUUUCAGGCUCUUUGAAGUUUCAGGAGGCUCCUUUUUUCUGAGUGUUCGUGGAUGAUGGGAAUGGUGCCGCCCGAAGGUGAUGGCCGAUUUGUUAUUGUUACGCUGAACGGAUCUUCGUUGGGGCUGUCGUUGUCGAAACGGUUCAGUUGAAGACUCUCGUGCAAUUUUAGUGGUUUCGAACUCAACGGAUGAAGGGUAAACAAGAGAACAGCUGAAAGAAGAUUGAAGGUGCGUAUUUGAUCCCAUCAAAGGGUAGCUUUUUGCGAAAGUUGGUAAUAGCUUUUGAUUCCGCGAACAGUAUCCUACUAACUAGAGCACGACAUGUGCAGGGAGGGAAUGUGUUGACGGGGGAGGUCUGUGCGGCGCCAAAAUGAAUAAUAAUGCGAAAAAUGAGUUAUGCUGGAAACGACACGCGUCCGUCGGGCCCUAAUUUGUUUCGCUUCGUUUGGCUCCAGUGGAUAAUGAAUGGUGGAAUUACCAUAAAUCGAAAAUUGCUGGAUUAAGGAUUACUAGUGGCGAAGGAUCAGGCUCAGGCUGACGGACGGCUUGCCAUAGAGUGGGUUCCGCGAACGUCGCGUUACGUGUUUCUCUUUGAUUGAUGCAAAUGUUAUGCCUCGCAGAAGCUAAUCCAAUUCGGGCUCGGGAUUGAUAGGGAAUAACAGUGGGUAGGUUGGGUUGAAAAUGCGAACAGAACCGUGCGCAUCUGUGGCGAUUCGGCUGAACGUUGUUGUUAGUGGUGCCAGCAGUGGAAAAUCAAGUGGCAGGACCUAAUAUUUGACGCUCGGAAGGUGGCGGAAAAUUGGUUUAGCGGCGGUGGAUUUGUGUGUAUAGGCGUGCUUUUUGGUUUAACCACUGGAAACUGCCUGUGUUGUUCGAGUGGGAAUCGCUCGGAGUACAGGAAAUUAUUGCCGCAGUGUUGUGAAGUGCCAAUGCCGGUUGGAAAUGUUCCCUAUCACCACCGAAGGAAGUACUCCCCUCAGCUUCCACCGGAUUACCAGUCACGAAUAUUUUUCGGCGAUUACACGCGAGAGAGCCGAACGCGCGUUAGCGGCGGUGUUGUGAACGGAAGUGCUGGAUCAUCAACUUCGUCCUCAUCACAGGUCGCCCCGAGCAGUGGCGCUGUGGGGACAACGGUGUGUUCUGCCAGUGGCAGUGGGGUAUCCUUGUGCAGUGGAGAGGAGCUGUAUUCGAUUUCAGGCAGUUCGGCCAGUACGACAUCGUCGGUCGUUCCGGACACUUGUAACAGUGGCACAACAGCGGCCAGCAGCAUCAGCGGCAACGUUAGCAGCGCCAGCAGUAACUGCAGUGGUAACUGCCAAUCACCAACCACUGCUGCAGCCGGCAAUAAUGGCGCUGCUGUGAGCAGUGUCAAUAACUUUGCCGCUAGCAAUAAUAACGCACAUAAUGGUAAUGGACCGACCUCACCGGUGUCACGCGAGCAGAUAAAGGCGGCGGUGGCCGUGCCGACAGCGGCAGCACAGCAGCCGAGUGCGCAAAAUUACCCACCCUCGGUGGCACUGUACGCGGUGCAACGGGUUGUGCCAUCUGCUGGUACCGGCGGUGGUUCCGGUGCAAGUUUAGUGUCGGUUUCGAGCAGCGCUAAUAGUUGUAAUAUCGUCAGUGGCAGCGGCAACAACAACAACACUGUCAUUGGAGGAUUAGUUGCCGGAGUACCAAAUUCUAUCUUAUCAGGUGCAUCACUCGUGAGCUGGAGUAAUAACGGAAACGUUGGCAGCACCGGCAACAACAAUAACGAUGAUUGUGACCAUCAAAAUUCACCCGGCCCUGGCUCGAGUACAAACAGCUACACGAUAGGCGGUAGCAGCAGCAUAGACUUACAACAGCAACAAAUUCUUCAAAAGCAGCAGCAACAACAGCAGCAACAGCAGCAGCAGCUACAACAAUCAUCGAGUUUAUCAAGUAGUAUUAGUCUUAUUAACAACAAUAAUCAAAUUAGGGAUAGGGAUAGCACUAAUUACGUGAACGCGGCGGCUAUAUCGACUCUCAACGCCUCGGUUAACAACAUCAGCGGCAUCAGCUGCAGCAACACUAGCAACAGCAACAACAACAAUAAUAAUAAUAAUCUGAAUAACAGUAGUAAUCACCACGUGAAUCUAGGAGGUGCUACCCCGGCGUCCGCUACGAUGACCACCACUUCGGCGGCAAUUUCGCCCCCGCGGCCAAUGCAGAAGGUGAUACCAACGGUAGUGUAUCUGAUGUCCCGCAUCGCUGUACAUAUGGAGAUCGAGGGUACCGCACAAUGCCCGGCGCAGGUGAUGCUCGCCGCGGCACUCGGCUGUGAAGAACUAGGAAUUACCAAUAAGCUGCUCGCGCAGAGCGUGUUCGGACUCUGGAUGACCAGCCCGCUGCUCGAGGUGCAGCUCAAACCCCACCACCGGCCGUACGCUGUGCGGGUGGCGUGGUCCAAGCUGCUGGACAAACACAGCCACGGGAACGAGCUGGAGAAGCUGUCGAACGAACCGAUGACCACGCUGCGGCGGAAUGUGUUCUUCUCGAAGCGGGACGAGGAGAAGAUCAAAGACCCUCGGAUAUUGGAGCUUUUGUACGAGGAAGCGCGCCACAACGUACUGCUGGGGCGGUACGCGAUGGAGUCGUCCCAUUCGAUAAUGCUCGGUGGCAUUCAGGCGAGGAUAGAGCUGGGCCCGUACAACUCCCACACGCACUCAACUAGUUAUUUUAGGGAAAACCAAUUCCGCUUUCUGCCGGCGCACGUGGCGAAGAGCUCGAGUUGGUCGUGGCUUCCAAUUAGCCGGCGGACGUCGGCCGAAGUAAGACUGCUAGAACAAUUCAAACGGGUGCCCACGACGGCCACGACCAAGAAGCUGAUGCGAAAGUACUUGGAGUUUUGCUGGGCCCUGCCGUUCUAUGGCGCUGCGUACUUCCACGGCCAGGUGGAACAACCGGUCCGGGGUUUGAUGAGCUUGAUGCAGCAGAAGGACCUCCCGGUGCUGAUAGCGGUUAAUGAACGGGGUAUUUUUGUGAUCGACCAGAUAGAAUGUACGCUCCUGCUGGGGCUGAAGUACGAGGAGCUGUCCUGGGACUACGCCAAGCCGAGCAACGUGAACGACCCGGAGUGCUUGCCGUGCAUAUUUCUGCAGUUCGGAGCUGUGGAGAACGGAAUUGCCGCUACCAAACUUAUGCAAAUCUUUACCCGCCAGGCUGCCAUGAUAGACGCCUUAAUCACCCACUUUAUCGAACAGGCCAAGCGGCGGAAAGAAAGCGGCGAGAGUGAUGCGACGGCCGCUGCAGCCGCCGGGGAAAACCCCUACGAAGCUGAACCGAACCCCAUCCAGAACAACGGAGUGGGAGUGCUGAGUAACAAGCUGUCCCGGCUGACGCUGGCCACGUUCGACGACGAGGGGCGCUGCAUUGGCCAGAUGGGGUCGUUAUCAAUUAGUUAUUAACAUUUAAUUCUCGUCUAAGUGAGCUGGCCGUAUCGAGCGUAGCGUUUAGAGUAGGAUUAAUUGACGCGCGGGAGAGAUUGACGAGGUUUGACGUGUGGGAAGGUGUGUACGUGUGUCCCGACCAAGCCAAUGGCUAUGGAAGAGAGGAGAUUUAUUGAACGUGACAACUGGAGUGCGAUGUGAUUGGAAGGUGGUGAUUUGCAGUAAGGAUUGGGUAAUGAGGUGUUGACCAGUCAUCUUUGGUAAUUAUUUGCCUGAAUUGUACUGUAGCUGACAGGUAUAACAUGAAAUGGCUUCUUCUUGAAUGGCGUUAACGUUCCCCGUGAAACUUUUGCCGUCUCAACGUAUGCAUUAACUAGCAUCAUUUAUUAAUACUUAGUUGAGAUUUCUUAAGCCAAAUAACACUCCUUAAAACGUAUUCCGAGGAGCAAGCUCUAGAAUACGCGUGACCACAGUGCAAGUCGAAAGAUAUUUCUUUGACCUAAAAUCCUCCGGCCAGAUCGGGAAUUGAACCCGAACACCCGCCAUGAUAAUGUGAGACGCUAACCACUCGGCCACGGGUGCACGAACAUGAAAUGGCUAUAUGAGCCCAAUAAUAAAGCUGUGAAAAUAAUGAUUAACAUCGUUGGUAUAAUUGACGAUAUCCAUUAUUUCGCACAAUAAACAUGGAAGUCUUUUUCCAUGGAAUAAAUGUUUUUUUUUUGGGAAUUCUAUGAAACUGUGCAAUUUGAUAGGGAGUACUUAAAAAAUGGGUUACAUUCACUGACUCAUAUCUUUUGUCUUCCGGUUCAACUUUGUGUUAUCUUAGCUAUUAAUUGAUGCAUAUUCUUGGAACCCCUUGUAGUGUUUAGCAAUCGUUAGUGAACAUCGUCAUUUUCAUCUUGCCCAAAACCGAUUAUGUCCCGAAUAUCUUAGGUCGCUCGUCUCCAGGGUUUGCCGAUUGAACGUUUUACCGAAUAACUCAUUUUUGUUUGUUGAAAUGUGAUCUUGCAGAGGACAUUUCCCCCAGUGGUUUGUUGUUACAUGCUACGAAUCAUGAAGCAAACGAGAAUGAGUGAACUCUUCCCUGGUUCGGUGCUGAAAGGUUAUUUUUUUUCGAACCUCUCCAUGCAUAGGGUAACCAAACGUACCGUUUUUCGACCCUUUUUUACUAUCCCGUCUUUUUAUCAACUUGUACCGUAUUAUGAGUUUAAGAAAAAUAUAUUGUUUCCAAUGUCAUUAUUUUCAGUAAUACAGUGCUUCAAAAAUGCAACUGUUUUGUCGUGAGUUCUAUCUGUGGUUUUCCUGGGCUUUGACACAAAUCGGGAUGUCCUUGAGUACGAGCUCUUUUCAACCUAAUGGAGAUCCGAUUUUUCAGGGUUUUACGUUGUCAAAUUCGUCAAGAAUUGUCCCCAAAACAGUACUUAAAACAGUCAUCUUAACGUGAUUUUGCUACGUCUAUCCAGAUACCUUCACAAACCGUCAGAAAGAUGGUGAGCAGAGCCUGUGGAUAGCGAUAACUACAUAAGGACGUUUAGUUUUGAGCCAAACACAAAUAAAAAAUCGCCAGGGGAAACAUUUGUUGUAGCAUGUAUUUUUUUCGAAUUUGAAUUUGGAUUAAAAUUUUAUUCGCAGUAUUCGCAGAAAUUUUAUACGACUGUCAUCGACAUAAAAUCGAUUGUUUGGCAAUCGAUAUUGAAAGCUUUGUUGUGGAAGUUUACAAAGAUUACAAACAUUUUCAUAUCUACACGGUUUGUGUAGAACAAUUGAAGAGUUGACCAGUAAACAGUAUACUAAAUUGCUUGAGCAUGAUAACACAUGAUUUCUUUCUCUUGGAUCUAUUAUCGAGAGGAGUAUUUUUGACGGAUUACACUUCUAUUUUAUUUCAAAGGAAAAAUGUUCUGUGCGAUUAAUUUGAAGCACUUAGUCUCAAAGUAUGGUUGCUUUUUACCAGAGAUUAGUUGGUGGCCUUUAAAACAUUUAUUUCAAACAUAUUGCAUGAUUAGUGGACAAUAAUCAUAGGAAUCCUAAUUAAUGAGAUAAAAAUUUGGAACAAAGAAUCUGUGCAAGUUGCAAAACUUUGAGAGCAAGUAUUUUCAGAAAUGGAAAACAAAUUGCUAGAGUGUAAGCAAAGCUUACUAAUUAUUAUUUUGUGUCUGCCUGGUAGUGAAGGACCAGUUGAAACGAUUUUGUACGAUGAACAUUAUGCAGACAACGGAACUCGAUGUUGUAUCCCUGAUAGCUAAGAUAACUGUGAAAUAAAACAUUGAUCAGGAAUAUGAUAAAAUUUCCAAACAGCCUGAUCUGCUACACAAAGUCUCUAGUAGUAGAGAAGGAAAUAGGUAAAUCUAAGAAUGUUUAAUUGUUUGGCUUUAUUUCUGGUUUUAUUCGCCCAUUCAUAAAAUUCUUCAAAAAAUAGAUUUUUUGUUUGUUUGCUUACAUGCUUACUUGCCCGUUCCUAUUCCUGAACUAUUUGGUCAGCUUAUCCAUGCAUCAUGAACAGGGCUUGACAAUUUCGAAACUAAAAAAUUAAAAUGACGUUUUUACUUCUUCCUUUUUUCUCAAUUCUCAACGAAUUUCAAUUUCUAUUGUGUGUAUUCACCACGCAUACCGAAACAUCGAUUCUUCUAUGUCGUUUUCGUUCUGCUGUCGUUUCCUUUGAAUUUGCAAGCAGACACUCACCUGACGAUUGAAACCGCUCUAUUCAUUAUCAUUUGAAUGGACUAUAUGUCUUGGGAUACUAUUUGGUUGAAGUUAAAAAUCAGGACACCUACCUACGAUACGAUACGCUACGAUUAUGAACAAACCGUUAACAUUCUUGAUGUAUAUACAGCCUUCCCAUGCCGAACCGAUAUAAUGGCACUCAGAUUUUCAUCAAAAGUGAUAAUUUUGUACUUUAUCGCAAAAUAUAAGACCCGUAUUUUUGUUUUUUUAUUUAUCCAUUUUAGGGUGGUCUGAAAAAUCGAUUUUUUCAGUUUUUUUUUCAAAAAUGACAUUUCUUCAAACAUUCAUAACUUUUGAACCACUGAACCGAUUCAGAUUCUUGACAUAUCAAAUUGAAGCCAAUGAACUAGCUUUCUAUUAAAAAAUAUUGAGUUUGCAUUAUUGAUUGUAGUCGUUUUUUAUUGUUUUCAUGGCUUUGGACUAGAGAGCGCUAUAUUUUUUAUAUUUUUCCUUGAAAGCUGAGAUUUUUUUACAUAACAUAUCUCGAUAUCAGAGAUGCUAUUCUAUUCUUUUUUGAGAUAUGAUUUUGCAAAUCAUAUUUUUCCCCUUUAUCAUCAUUUUUCCCCUUUUAUGCAAAAAUUCAUAACAUUAGAACUACUGAAUCGAUUUAGAUGAACGAGAUAUUAAAUUGAAGCCAAUAAGCUAGCCUUAUUUGAAAAAAAAUAUCACACUUGCGGCUUGAUUGGAUUCUAGUCGCAUAGGUCUAGUCUAGUUACAUAGGAAUAUUGAACGAAGACUUAAAACAUGUUAAAUUUGCAAAAUAAUAACUCAAAAACGAAAAAUGACACCUUUCUGAUUUUCGAAUAUAUUAUGUAAAAAACCUCAGCUUUCUAGAAAAAAGUAUUGAAAAUAUAGCUUUCUCUAUCUUUAACCGAGAAAACUAUGAAAAACUAAUUCAAGCAAUAAUUAUAAAAACGAAAAUCCAAAUUUUUAACAAAAGUCAUAUUUUUUCAAAACCACUAUAUCGGUUUGGCAUGGAAUGGCUGUAUAUAUAAAAAUGGAGUUCUGUCUUUCUGUCUGUCUAUCUGAAUCUUUUGGACUUAAAAAUUACUGAAUCGAUCGGCGUGAAAAUUUGUAUGUACGGGUUUUUAGGGCUGGGGAAGCUUCUUAUGAGACCCCUCUCCCUCUCUAACGGGGGGCUGCCACACAAAAGAAACACAAAUUUCUGCAUAACUCGAGGACUAAUUGAGCAAAUGAAGCCAACUUUGGCAAGCGAAGGUUUAAUGGGUCAAAAUGGGCUUCUAUGGUGAUGAUUCGAAACUCCUCCCUCCUCUCUAAGGGGUGGCUGCCGUACAAAUGAAACAAAAAUUUCUGCAUAACUCGAAAACUAAUCAAGCAAAUGGAGCCAAACUUGACAUGUGAGGGGUGUUUGGGUUCGAGAAAUGUUUCUUUGAUAGUUUGACAUACCUCCCUUCUCUGGAAGGGGGAUAUAUUUGUAUCAAACACGUAUUCCAUGUAACGGAGAAACGUGUUAUUCGCAAGUAAUUGAAGAAUCGAGAAUUGUGUCUGAAAAUAAAUUCAUAUUAUAAUGACGCGUUUUGGAAGAAGUCGUUGGAAAUUUAUAGUAAAUGAAAUUUAUUUUUUCUGUAUUAUAGUGACUUUCAACACUUUUGGCUGAUUCAUCACUUUAUUCCCAUAUAUGUUGGGAGUGAGAAUCGAAUUCGUGAUCUUUUUGUUGCCAUCCUAAAGGUAGCUUCAUAAUGUCUCUAUCAUAGAGGUCUUGGUCGUUGUUACCGAAAAACCAUAACAAUAGAUUUUUACAAUCUUCACUUGAUCCCAAUUUCUUAUCACUCUGGAAAUUUUCCAAUGCGAGAAAACGGUUAUAAGGCAGAAUUGUGUGGCCUUGCGUUGUCCUGAUGGAACACAACACCUCUUCUGUUGGCCAAUUCUGGACGUUUCUGGUCAAUCGAUAGUUUCAAACGGUCCGUUUGUUGACAUAAGAGAUCAUAAUUUAGUGGAUUGCACCGAAAUUAAAAAAAAAAAUAAGAAAUAAGAUAUUUUUUUUUAAAUAAAUUAAAUUGCACGUAUUUCACUGUUGCAGUAUUGGCACCAGAAACAUCAAUCACCACUUCAGCGGCUUGGCUUGCAUUUACGCAUUUAUAAAAUAAGAAGCGUUAAACGUACCGAAUUUUCUCUUUGUUGAUUAACACCUCCAUUGUUAACACCCUGUAACUCACAACUGAAUGAAACAAACAAAAAACAGUAAAAGAUUUUUUUAGCAUGUUUUAGAUGCUAAAACCACGAGCCUAAACUUGAAAUUGUAUGAUCGAAAAUAGGCGAGGUUUUGAUCAAUAAAGCCAGCCAACGAGAAAAUAAUGGAUAACUUUUUCCCAUACCUAAUAUUUAACAAAUUUUCACGGACGAUCCAUACGGUAAAAAUACUUCAGAGAUGAAGGCUUCUAUUUACGAGUACAGGUGAUUUUUGGACCGCUUCCAAGUUAUCAAAUAUCAUGUACAAUAGAGGAUCGAAGACCAAGUAUGGAAAAAGUUCAUUCGCUCAUUUCUCCGGAAUCGAGACAGUAUUUUUCCAUUCUAAUCGAGAAUGAACUUUGCGAAGAGGAUAGGUGAAUGUUUUCUGUCUCAAAUAAAGUGAGGCAUAAACGGAGAAUAGAAGGGUGAGUUUUAUCUGUGAAUGAGUGUUGUUGAACGAAUUUCGAUGCGAUUUUGCCCAUACCUGCCGAAGACAAUCCGUGGAUUUUAAGCUUUUAUGGUGUAUAAAAUGUAAGAGCUUCUUCGGGAACCUACAUUCUCCGAGCGAUUUGUUUUUACACCACUUAAUUCAGCAUGGAUUUGGAAGUGGAUUCCAAUUGAAAAUUCUUGCAAUGUUUCAUUGUUUGGGUAUGCUUCCCCAAAUCAGAUUUACUUGUAAUGGUUCAUUGUGGAUUCCAAACUACUGUUUCAAUAAAAUGGCCAAAAUGCACAUACCGCUAUUGAUUACCCACACUCAUGAACCACAUAUGCAGCGCUUCACCAAAUAAUCAUUACGUCUUCUGUGUUACAAAGGUAUUCGCGUAAUUCGUCGGUAAAAUGACACUUCCCUAUAAACAUUUAAAUAUUAACUUAGAACAUCUAGACAAAACACAAAAACAACCCGGUGAAUCGAAAAUUCUGAAUGAAAACAGAUGUAAGAUCUCGUGGAAGUCACCAAUUAGAAAAUUUCCACUCAAAAACAAAAUCUUGCUAAAUCAGGACAGAUGGUAUCCCUAUAUAAGUCACUUUCAGUUUCACAUGUGAAAGGACGAACAUU